AUGGCCCUGAUUGGGAUCGGAGUCAUGACAAGGCCACCAAUUCUUACGGGGAAAGAUGACUUUGACCAUGACACAUUGAUGCCUGUUUUCGUCGCCGUUUUAGCCAUGGCGAUGAUCGCCGUGGUCAUCGCGGUGUUCCGAUGGCUCCUAAAAGUGCAUCACUCCAUUCAAAAUGUGUCUCUCUACUUGUACGCGUCCCUCCAAAGUUUAAUCUUGGCGUUGAUUUUUGGCACUUUGGACGAAUUCAGGACGAACGAUACUACUUGGGAGGAUAUGGGCGUCCUGGCAGCGAUCGGAUUACUUUGGGCGGUUGGAAAUCUGUUUUUGGUUCUCGCCCUGCAAAUCGAAGAAGCUGGGAUUGUGGGUUCGACUUGUGGGGUAAGAGUUCAUGGAAAUGGUUUUAUAAGCAGUUUACUCGGAGCGUUAUCAGUCGUUAGUGGCGUGAUUGCAGUUAUUGCCAGAAAAUUGAUCCAGUCUCUGUCAGACACGAGCUCUAGGAAGAAAGCGUUCAAGUUCCUGCUGAGAUAA